GUGCCCGGAGCAGCGGCGGGGCCGGGACGGGGCUGGAGAGAGCCCGGGAUUGGGACGGGACAGCGGCGGAGAGAGGUUAYCGGGAGCGUUUAACUGGGCUCACCUCCCACCUUGCCGUGUGCUCUGGAGAGGCGUAUUGACAUGAAAAGUAAGGAAUUGUGUUGGUAAACACUGACCGGCGCUGGGGCAGUCRGGCAUUGCACAAGCACAGGCAUCUGCUGAGAUUGUGGCAUGUUAUUUGGAGCUUUCAGCAAGACACUUGUGCUGCCGUGAGGCUGGGAAGGCUUCGCUUCUGCAGGAGGUAAAAUAAGAACAUGGCAUGAUGUCCUUUGGAAAAGGAGCGAUGGCAGCCAUCAGGAAGAAGCUGGUGAUUGUGGGGGACGGUGCCUGUGGAAAGACRUGCCUGCUGAUUGUGUUCAGCAAAGACCAGUUCCCUGAGGUCUACGUGCCCACCGUGUUUGAGAACUACAUUGCWGACAUCGAGGUGGAUGGCAAGCAGGUGGAGCUGGCCCUGUGGGACACGGCAGGACAGGAGGACUAUGACAGACUGCGGCCACUCUCGUACCCGGACACAGACGUGAUCCUCAUGUGCUUUUCCAUCGACAGCCCCGACAGCCUCGAGAACAUCCCCGAGAAGUGGACGCCAGAAGUGAAGCACUUCUGCCCCAAUGUGCCCAUCAUCCUGGUGGGGAACAAGAAGGACCUGCGGAACGACGAGCACACACGGCGGGAGCUGGCCAAGAUGAAGCAGGAGCCAGUGAAGCCGGAGGAGGGGAGGGACAUGGCCAACAGGAUCAAUGCCUUUGGCUACCUGGAAUGCUCGGCCAAGACGAAGGAGGGAGUGCGGGAGGUGUUUGAGAUGGCCACGCGUGCUGGCCUGCAGGUCAGGAAGAACAAGAAACGCAGAGGAUGCCCGCUGCUGUGAGUGCCCGGCUGGCACUGCCCAGGCUGGAGCACUGCUGGAGUGCUGC